AUGGCUGGGAUUGCAAGUGAGGAAUCAGGAGCGGGAAAGUCUGUGGAGGGAAGUUUUAGUGGGCACCGUUGUCAAUCUGGUGAAGCGUUGGCAGAGUGGCGGUCUUCUGAGCAGGUGGAGAAUGGAAUUCCGUCGACUUCACCUCCUUACUGGGAUACCGACGAGGACGAUGAUGGUGGACCAAAACCAUCUGAGUUGUAUGGGAAAUAUACUUGGAAGAUAGAAAAGUUUUCUCAGAUUACCAAAAGGGAACUUCGUAGUAAUGCUUUUGAAGUUGGCAACUACAAGUGGUAUAUUUUAAUUUAUCCACAAGGCUGUGAUGUAUGCAAUCACCUCUCUCUGUUUCUGUGUGUUGCUAAUCAUGACAAACUUCUUCCAGGAUGGAGUCAUUUUGCACAGUUUACGAUAGCUGUGGUUAACAAAGACCCCAAGAAAUCAAAAUAUUCUGAUACAUUGCACCGAUUUUGGAAGAAGGAGCAUGACUGGGGAUGGAAAAAGUUUAUGGAGCUCUCGAAGGUGUAUGACGGCUUCGUUGACACUUCUGACAAUCUGAUAAUAAAGGCUCAAGUUCAAGUCAUUAGGGAAAAAGCUGACAGGCCUUUUCGUUGCCUUGAUUGUCAGUAUAGGAGAGAACUUGUUAGGGUAUAUUUGACAAAUGUGGAACAAAUUUGCCGGCGUUUUGUGGAGGAGAGAAGAAGCAAACUUGGGAAGCUGAUAGAGGAUAAAGCUAGGUGGUCAAGCUUCUGUACUUUUUGGCGAGAAAUUGAUCAAACUUCUAGGCGCCGCAUGUCUAGGGAAAAAACAGAUGUAAUUUUGAAAGUUGUAGUGAAACACUUCUUUAUAGAGAAAGAGGUGACCUCUACUUUGGUAAUGGACUCCUUAUAUAGUGGGUUGAAGGCACUUGAAGGCCAGACUAAGUGCAAGAAAGGUAGGGUAAAAUUGUUGGAUGCUGAAGAAAUGCCAGCUCCAAUUGUUCGUGCUGAGAAAGAUAUGUUUGUAUUGGUGGAUGAUGUUCUAUUGUUACUUGAGAGGGCUGCUAUUGAACCUCUCCCUCCAAAAGAUGAGAAGGGUCCUCAAAAUCGCACAAAGGAUGGAAACUCUGGGGAGGACUUCAAUAAAGAUUCUAUAGAGCGUGAUGAAAGGCGUCUCACAGAAUUGGGGCGCAGGACUUUGGAAAUAUUUGUCCUUGCCCAUAUAUUCAGCAAUAAAAUUGAGGUUUCUUACCAGGAAGCCGUUGCUCUAAAGAGACAAGAAGAACUCAUCCGUGAAGAAGAGGCAGCAUGGCUGGCUGAAACUGAACAGAAAGCAAAACGUGCAGUUAAUGAAAGGGAAAAGAAGUCAAAGAAGAAACAGGCCAAACAGAAACGUAACAAUCGAAAAGGAAAGGAUAAAGGUAGAGAGGAUAGGCCUAUUGUGGCUGUAUAUGACAAACAGCAAGACGAUGCUUCUGAUGAGAAAAAGGAUCCUAACAUGGAUGAGGUUCAAGCUCUAGAUGAAAAGCUUGAUGCCCUGGAAGUUGUUUCCGAUGUGUCUGAUUCUGUAAUUGGAGUUGAUGAAGUGCCUCAACCUGAUUCAGAAGAAAGAGAUGCAAGUCCUGUUAAUUGGGAUACUGAUGCAUCAGAAGUUCAUCCUUCAACUGAGGCCAGUAGCAAUGGUAUAGGUGGUUUCGCACCUGUGCAAAAUGGAUUGAAUGAGAAAAGGAGCAGUUCACUGAUGGAUGACAGUUCUUCGACAUGCUCUACCGAUUCAUUGCCUUCAGUGGUGAUGAAUGAUCCCCACAGAGGGAACUACUUUUCAAAUUACAAAGUCCAAAAGUCGCCUAGCAAAGGUAAGAACCGGAUAAAAGCAUCAUGCGAUGGGAGUAAUUGGACAACUGAAAUAGACAGUCAGGCAUCUGGUUCAGCUGCAAAUGCUGUUGAUAUUAACAGGUCUGGAAAUGGCAAGGUAGGUGAGUCCGAGUCUGAAGGUGCAAUCUGCUUACAGGAUCGGUUGAAGUGGCUCGACAAGCCUGUUGUCAGAAAGGAAGGGGAAGUUCUUAUACUACAAAAGAAACAGAGCAUUAAAGAGCAAGUUGAUGUUGAAAAAUCUGUUGAUGUUGGGAGUCCACAGAAAGAGAUGACAUCAGUAAGGCCUUCCUCGCCUAGGAGUCCUCCUAGAAACUUACCCUCACCUGUUAAUGUCAGGAAAACAUCUUUAAGUCCCUCACAACAGACCGGUAAAGAUGCAUCCUCAUCUUUAACUUCUGUAUCACAAGCAACGGUUGUUCCUAAAACAGAAAGCCAGAAGACUUCACCUCCAAGACCAACUGAAAAACCUACUACGUCGGUGGCUAUGAUGUCAAGGCCUUCCAGUGCUCCUCUGGUUCCUGGUGGUCCCAAGCCAACUACUUCCGUCUCUGUGGUUCAAACAGCUCCGCUUCUUGCACGCUCAGCAAGUGCAACUGGCCGAUUGGGUCCUGAUCCCUCACCUGCUACUCAUAGUUAUGUUCCUCAGUCAUACAGAAAUGUAAUGAUGGGGAAUCACAUGGCUUCGACAGAUACCAGUUUCACUCAUUCCACUUCUAGUUCAGGAGUAAAUCCAUCUUCAAGCUACUCACAACAACCUUUAGUAUCAUCAGCAAUGUUUUUUUCUCAGAGCUCUGACAAAAUGGAUUCUAUGGCUGCUCAGUCUAGUGUUCCUUUUGGUAUGAUUGCUCGUGAUGUGUUGCAAAACGGGCCGCAGUGGAUGGAGAGUUCUCAAAGGGAAUCCAACAGAAGCAUGCGCUAUGAACCAUCAUCCCGACUCAAUGAUGUUCAAAACCACGACCUGUUCAGGCCAGUAGAGAGUAGAUCUUUGGACCACAUGCCAAAUGAGUUUCAAGCUUGCACAUCUAGGCGUCAAAACCAAGGGUUGUUGGCGGAUGAGUUCCCACACCUUGAUAUCAUUAAUGAUCUGCUUGAUGAUGAACAUGGUAUUGGAAACACAGCCGGGACAAGUUCUGUAUUCCAAUCCUUCAAUGAUGGACCACAUCUGCUAAAUCGACAGUUCACAUUUCCCGGUGACUUGGAUACAAAUGAUGAUUUGGGAUCCUCAACGAGUUGUAGGUUUGAGAGAUCACGAAGUUAUCAUGAUCCUGGGUUUCAACAAGGGUAUGGCUCCUCGGGGGGACAUUUCGACCCGAGGGAUUAUCAUCCACAUACAAGUGCACUACCAUAUGUAAAUGGAAAUGGAAAGGUAGAUGGGUUGGUUCCAAACCAAUGGUUACCAAGGGCUGGUUCUGAUCUAUCAUAUCUCGGCAUGAGAAAUCCCGACAAUAAUGGUUACCCUUACUAUCAAGAUUACUCGAAUUUGACAUGUGGUGUCAAUGGUUAUACUAUAUUCAGGCCUUCAAAUGGUCAAUAG